AUGCUCCGAGUCAAUGUUAAAAGCGUAGUUGGUGUGGCUGCCAUCACCAUAGACCAGCAGUGCAAACCAGACAAACGUCCUUAUCGGUUGAUUGUGCCUGAGCGCAUCGCAAACGCUGCCAUCGUGACACCUCGGGUUUUCUUCAUGCAAUGCCACCGCUCGCUGGCCAGACUUCGUCCUAGAAUAUUACACUCGCUAUCCUCGAUCGCGACCAUGUCGACCACCGCAGAGCCCGCCCGAAAGGCCAUGCCCUCCGCAUUGACAUUCGACCGUCAUGCGAAAUGUUCGACCACCAAAGCACGCGCGAGUACCCUCAAAUUACCUCAUGGCGACGUCCCUUUACCCAUCUUCAUGCCCGUCGCGACGCAAGCUGCCCUCAAAGGCCUGACAUACGAUCAACUGCGCGAUACAGGAUGCAUGCUUUGUCUGAACAAUACAUAUCACCUUGGAUUGAAACCGGGACAAGAAGUGCUAGAGGCAGUGGGCGGAGCGCAUAAGUUGCAAGGUUGGGAUCGGAAUCUUUUGACCGACAGUGGAGGUUUCCAGAUGGUGUCUCUUCUCAAACUAGCCACGGUUACUGAAGAAGGCGUGCGGUUCCUCAGUCCGCACGACGGCUCGCCCAUGCUCCUUACCCCAGAACACUCGAUUUCUCUCCAGAACUCUAUCGGCUCAGAUAUUAUCAUGCAAUUGGAUGAUGUGAUUGCCACUACGUCCCCAGAUCAUGCCCGCAUCAAGGAAGCUAUGGAGCGGUCUGUGCGAUGGUUAGACCGUUGCAUUGAUGCACACAAAUACCCCGAAAGACAGAACCUCUUUUGCAUUAUUCAAGGUGGUCUUGAUUUGGAACUGAGGAAACAGUGCUGUGAGGAAAUGGUCGCUCGAGAUACUCCUGGAAUCGCCAUUGGUGGGUUAUCCGGCGGCGAGGCCAAGGAGGAGUUUUGCAAGGUGGUGGAUACAUGCACUGAUCUUCUGCCAGAAGAUAAGCCCAGAUAUGUGAUGGGUGUGGGAUACCCGGAGGAUAUCGUUGUAGCAGUAGCGCUUGGAGCCGAUAUGUUCGACUGCGUGUGGCCAACACGGACAGCGCGUUUCGGCGAUGCUAUUGUCUCUUCCGGUACUCUGAAACUGCGCAACCGGCAAUUCGCCCAUGACUUCAGCCCCAUUGAAGAUGGUUGCACCUGCAAUUGCUGCCGUCCAAAAGAUAAGGGCGGCCUUGGGGUAACCAGGGCAUUUAUAUACCACAUCACGGCUAAGGAGACCGUCGGUGCUCAUCUUCUCACAAUUCACAACGUGCACUACCUCUUGACCUUGAUGGCAAAUGCACGACAGGCUAUUAUGGAGGACCGGUACCCGGCCUUCGUUCGUCAAUUCUUCUCUAACAUUUAUCAAGGCGAUAAAUCGAAAUACCCCGAAUGGGCCGUGGGCGCAUUGCGCGGUGUUGGCAUGGACUUGCUGGCAGACUGA